UAACAAAAACGCUUCAAAAGCACAAUCCACAUUCAAUUGCAUGUUCUCCAAGCAAGCCUAUAAUGUUGAGAACAAAAAUAUCUUGCAACAAUUGUGGUUAAUAAUUUUUUAAAACAAAGAAUAAUUUGCUCAAUUCAACCAUGUCAAGAGACAUUUCACGUGUAUAUAUCAGAUUAUAUACAACCCAUGAUCUUACAAUAUACUCACUCUGUGAAUGAAUUCCUGUACAAUAAACCUACAAUUAUAUCAUUCUUGUGCAAAAACAAAAUUCUUGGAACUUUUCUUUUUGUUGCUUUUGAUGUAUUGGCAUUUAGAGUGUCACACUAGUUUCAUUUAAUCUACAGAAAAUGAAAAAGUAAAACAUAACUAUAAUAAUAAUAAUAAUAAUAACGGAUAUCUCAAAUUUAAUUAGAUUGAAAGAGAGAACUUUCAAGACACAUUUGUCUUCAUGUGGAAAAUUGAGCAUUGCACAUCAUGCUUCCCUACAUGAAGCAGUUUGUUAGUGGAAUUUGAAUGACAUGGCAACUACACGGGCUAUUCUUCAAGUACUUGAAAACUACCAAAAAUCACGCAUAAUCUUUGUCCAAACUGUGGCAGAGCUUGCAACAAAGCCUCAGAAUGUGGAGGUGCUGCACAAUGCUGGGGUGAUGACGCUACUUCGGCCACUUUUGUUGGACUGUGUGCCCAACAUCCAACAAACAGCCUCAUUGGCACUCGCUCGACUGGCCAGCUUCAGCCAGGAGCUCGCAGAGGCCAUCGUGCAUGAGAACAUCCUCAUCCAACUUGUCUACUCCCUCAAGGAACAAAAUAGGUACAACAAGAAGGCGGCGGCGGGGGUGGUGCGAGCCAUUGCAAAGCACUCCCCAGCUCUAGCGCAAGCAGUGGUGAAUGCAGGUGCAUUGCAGCCACUGAUCCUAAGUUUAGAGGAGUUUGAUCCUGCCGUGAAGGAGAUGGCAGCUGGGGCCCUCGGCCACAUUGUGCGGCACACGGCACGGCUGGCGCAGGUGGUGGUGGAUGCCGGUGGCGUCAGCUUGUUGCUGCUUGCCAUCCAGGAGCCAGAACUGUCCUUGAGGCGUACAGCUGCAUGUACGCUUGCCGACAUUGCCAAACACACUCCAGAAUUGGCACAAGGAAUUGUGGAUGCGGGCUCAGUUCCGUUUGUGGCUCCUCUCAUAAGCCAUAGUGAUGCAAAACUAAGAAAAGAGGUCUGUGCACUCUUGAGUCAAAUUGCUAAACACACUGUGGAUUUAGCUGAGGUCGUCGUGGCAGCUGACGUGUUCCCGAAGAUCUACCUGCUAUUACGAGACACCGAUCCGAUGGUUCGGAGAAACGCGGCGAUGGUGGUCCGGGAGGUGUGUAAGCACACCCCUGAGCUGGCCCAGCUGGUGGUGGCCACUGGCGGGGUGGCCGCCCUCGUGGACAAUGUCCGGGAGACAUGUGGCAACGAACGAUUGCCUGGAGUGAUGGCGUUGGGAUACAUUGCCGCUUUCUCGGAGACGCUGGCACUUACGGUGAUCGCGUCUGAGGGGUUGCCCCCGCUGUUGAACGCGUUCACUACCGAGGUGGAGGAUCAUAUCAAGAGUGCCAGUGCGUGGUCGUUAGGCCAGAUUGGUCGACACUCUCCGAACCACGCCAAGGCCGUCGCGGAGCUGGAAGUGCUCCCCCCGCUCGUUGGCGGCUUCGUCUCCAAGCACAGCAGCGAGGACCUGCAAUCCAAGUGCAAGAAGGCCGUGAAAGGCAUCUGCGACAGGCUCACGUUCUUCCCUGCGCUCAACAGCCUCCUCCAAGGACCCCCACUGCCGGAGGGGAUCCUGAAGUACGUCCUCAUCCAGAUAGCGAAAGUCAUCCCUCACGACCAGGAGGCGAAAACUCUGUUCGUCACCUCGGGCAGCUUCGGGAAGAUGCAGGAGAUGGCAGUGGAGAGCAGCAGCGAGAUCAAGUCGCUGGUGGACAGUGUGAACAGCGCCUACCCAAUCGAGAUCGUGCACUACUACUCCCCUGGCUAUUCCGAGAUCCUUCUCCAGAAGCUGGCUGGCGGGAAAUUCUAGCCUGGGGCUGAUGGGUCAUCCACGUCACCACCACUCAUGACCCCACCCAUGCAAUGGACGAAUGAACGAAUGCAUAGAUGAAUGAAUGUGUAUAUGACUUCUUAUUUUUAUUUAUUUUUGUUUUUUGCUUUCCAUUACUACUGGGUUUUCCAGCAUUUCCAUGUUUAGUAAUGUUAAGCUAAUACACACUUGUUUUGCUGGUGUAUGAAGAUGGGAAUUUUGUGCUGUGAUCCACGUUUGGAAAAGGCAUUUGUAACAUUCCCACAUAAAAAGAAUUUAUCAACUUCAAGUUUGAAUUGGAACAAUAUGCAAGACCGAUUGUAGAAAAAAUUCUUUGGUGAUUAAUGGAAAAUUUAAUGUUUUAUCUUGGUCAUGCUUUUUAAGACUCCAACACUGAAUAUUCUAUACAAGUUCUACAAAAAAGAUGUAGUUUCUUUAUUUUAUGGAAGUGAAUUCAUCUGGAAUAGAUAGUUUGUUAGGUCUAAUUGAUGUCUUUUCAAAAUCUUAUCGAGUUCUUUUAUUUUAUUUCAAAGUCUCCUACAGAUUAAAGCUUGUGUCUUUUGUCAACAAACUUUAUUAUAAUAGGUUUUCAUGUA